GCCUCAGCACAACUUUUCCCCAGGCAAAGUGAAAUCAAGCCGCGGACUCGGACAAAAUAUAGUCCUCGCGUUUCAACUUAAAAUUACCGACGUUUAAGCCUCCCCGCGGGCCCGGAGCACCCCUCGACGUUCGGCCGUGAUCCGCAGAAGCCCCCUGUCGGGUCCGGAGCUCUUUCUGCCGGGUUUGAAUCACUUUUGGAGACGGGCGGAAAGUGUGUGAUGAGUCCUGGGCUGUAAAAGAAGCGAGAACUUGCUGUGCAGCCCGAGAGUAGUUCUUCUUUCAAUUGUUAUUGUCGCUUUAAAAAAAUCUUUAAUUCACUUAAACUUGGUGUCGGCGGCGUCGAAAGUGGCGGAAAAGUGCUUUUGUGAGCGGAACAUGGAAGUACAAGGCCCGCAGGAGGCGUUGAAAGUGGAGCUCCAGUGUCAUCAGAAUCAGACUUUGUGCAAAGGCCUGAAUGAACUGCAGAAUGGACAGAAGCUGUCCGUCAGAACUUGUCCCGUCGGGACGACCAAGCCGCUGUCCCUUAUCAAGCCGUCCACGCAGGGCAUCGCCAUCUCCGUGGUGCCGGCCAAGGCCCCCGUUUCCAUGGUGACCGCACACAUGAACGGACAGAAGGCGGCGAGCUCGGAGCCGCUGCAGACGUCCCCCAUUAACCUUCAGAUGGCCGGCAGGGCGGCGACGGGCGCAGUACACGCCUUCAGCAGCAGGAGGGCGGUAGAGCUGCCGUCGUCUCAGAUGUUAGGAACUCUCACUGCUCUGCCCAUCAAGGUGCCUACAGUCAGCUCUCUGCACCAACUGGAAGGACAAGCAGCAACACUGUUACCUCAGGUCAGGCCAAAGACCCAGAUCCCAGACAGCCUCCCCCACAGUCCGUGUCAGGAACUGCAGCCUCUCAGUCUGCAGAGAGCCACCGCCGUGGUCAGCCCUAAGAGCCAGGGCGCCACACUGCCCACCGCCAACAGCACCUUCAGCCCCGACCACCAGCCCAGCGGUCAGAGCGGUGACUCCUCGCCGCAGGCUCCUCCCCACGGCCCGGUGGGAGGAAUCGACUCCGGCAGCCUGACUCAGCAUGCGUCGGCGGGGCCCGGAGUGGCGUACGCCAUCAUCGCCGCCUCCCCCGCCACCGGCAACGGAGUGACUGCGGUCAGCGAGGCCGUGAAGGUGAUCAUAAUCCAGCCACAGGCUGCGAGCAGUGGCAGCACCGAGGCGUCGCCGGGCAUCCAGGCUGACCUGCCCUCACAGGAGGCUCCGCCCACUCCCAAAUCCCCGUCCCUUAAGAAAGACGAGGACCCAGAGAAAAUCGCCUUCAUGGUCGCGCUCGGCCUCGUCACCACUGAACACCUGGAAGAAAUCCAGCUGAAGCGUCAGGAAAGGAAGAGACGAAGCACAGCCAACCCGGCGUACAGCGGCCUCUUUGAACCCGAGCGUAAACGCCUGGCGUCACAUUAUCUGAACAGCUCCCUCUACCUGUCGGCACGAGACACUGAGGACCUCUGCUGGAAGGAGGAAGUGGAGCAUGACGACCACUGCGCCGUCUGUAAGGAGGACGGCGAGCUGCAGCCGUGCCACAACUGUCCCCGCGCCUUCCACCCCAACUGCCUCUACCCGCCACUCAAGACUCCGCCCAGAGGCCCCUGGUACUGCCCCAAGUGCCAGAAGAAGGUCCUGAACAAGGAGAACAUGUCGUGGCCUCAGAACUUUGUCCAGUCCUACGUCACACACAAGACGGUGAGGCAGGAGGAGAAGCGACGACUCCUGAGACGAAACAGCGAGCUGAAGAAAGCGUGCGUUCACCUGGAGGAGCAGGACAAAGAACUCAACGACACCAUCGAGAAAUGUCGGGACGCGAGGGAGCGACUCCUCUCGCAGCAGCGAGACGCGCAGGCGUCGCUCGACCGCCUCAAGUCGCUCGUGCGACUCAUCCAGCGCGACCAGCUGAUCCAGGUCACCAUGACGACCACCGCCACCAUCGCCGCCGCCUCGCUGCUCUCACAGUCCUGCAUCAAAGCCACCAGCACCGUCGCCGCCGCCCAGGGCGCUCUGACCACGCCCCUGCAGAAGAGCCACGCCCACAGCCAGGACAACAACUAGCCCCGCCCACUCCAGAUUCGCUUUGUCCGGAUUUAAAAAUCGUCAACGAACUGAGAUGGCGCCGACGUCCACACGAGUCAAGUAUUUUUAAAAAAAAUGACACCUACAGUGCUUAACGAGAUUUCUGUUUCUUUUCUUUUUUUUCUUUUUUUUUUAAAAAUACGUUCUUUUCUAUUUAUUAAUGUUCUUGGCCUUAAUGUAUUUAUGACAUCACAGAAACAUAUUUACAUAUUUCCCUUUUGUAAACACAAAUCCGCGAUACGAGAGAGCGAGGUAGAGUUAGCCGUAGAGACGCGAGGACGUUGUGUACAUUAUUAUUAUUAUUAUUAUUAUUAUUAUAUAUUAUCUGCGUAGAUGUUUGUUUCUGCCAUAACGAUUCAGGAAGACGUUUUCAUCGCGUACGAGCCUUCAAAACAAAAACGAGAACAGAGAGAAUAAUAACGUUUUUUUCAGUAUUAAUAGUCAGAGAAAAAAGUAUUUAAGAGGAAAAAAAAACUACAGAAAAUGAGCGUUUUCUAGUGGAGAGUUUAGUAUUUUCACGCUGGUUCCCGUUGAUAAAUAUGUGAGUAUUCAAGGGGAUCAAUGUACAUAUGUUGUAUUAUUCUUCUUCUUCUUCUUAUUGUUAUUAUUAUGAAUAAUAUCGUCAUCGCAGGUUGUGUUGGUCGUCACAUCCGAAAACUGAGUGUCCGUUUGUUUUCUGCUUGCUCAACUGCAAACAAGAAAAUUACCAAAAAAUGACAAAAAACUAACAUUUUUAAUUCCUAAUGUUUUAUUAAUUUAUUAAUAAUAAUCCACAAAAAUGUUAGCGUUAAUUUUGUGACAUCAGUUAAAAAAAAAUUGAUGUAUUCCCCCACCAUUAACUCUAUAUAUUGUAUCUAUUUUUUUACACGUUUUAUUUAUUUAUUUAUUUUAUAUUUGUUGAUGGGGUGGAAAUUGCCAGAGACGCCGCGAUACGGUAUUAUCGCGAUAUUCUCACACAACAAUUCUAGUGAGAGCGAGCACAUUGCUCCCUCUAGUGGACUGAAACGUCAAAAAGUUUAAUAUUUUACUUGUAAUGUCGGUUCAAAAACAUUUCAAUACUUGUCAAAAAUAUCAAGAUUUUUCACUGUCUCGAUUUUGCCCGAACAGAAUUUUUUUUAUUUAUUUUGAAUUAUUUUGAUUUCAAACAAAUUUUUUUUGCAUUAAAGUCAUUUUCUUGUUUGCCGAACAAACACGGGGCGACAGUUUAGUUUGUUCGCAGCUGCACUCAAACGCACCAUGACGACGACGAUGAUGUAACCAGUGUAGGACAAAAAAAAUGCCAAAAACUCUUUGUUUUUUUUCUACUGGGAUGGUUCAUCUUUCAUGCUUUUGUUUUAUAUUCUAUUCUCUAGAAACGUUUUUUUUACUGGUGUUUUUUGAACGUGUCACCGGUGACGAGCCUGUUAACGACAGACCAACACUCACUGCCUCAAGUACAAAUCAUUUCAAAUCCAGGGUUUUUUCCGUCUUUGUUGCGCCAUUUUUUUUCUUAAACGCCGCCGACGAGGAACGAAGACGACUCUGUCGCAAACUGCAACAACGCUUUUCUGACGGUCGGUGGACACGCGGGAACGGAGACGCCGUUGUCCUCGUCCCCGCGGCGUCCAUUUAUCCCGCUAGUCUUCCUGCUGGUCCAGAGAGUUCCUUUUUUUCCAUCAUAUGUUACAUCAACGUAGAUUUAGUGCAUUUUUUAAAGUCGCCAUCGCACAAACACGAACAAACGGUUGAAAUAAGAAAACAAACAAAAAAGACGAUAAAUGCCUUUAUCACGCAAGAAGAAAAUGUGACUUAAAGGAAUCGAGAGAAGAGAUUUUUUUUUGUGUUUUUUUUUUAAUCAUAUCAGACUGCGUUCGAUUGAUCGCGAACAAAAUGCUGCGUCCGAGGCAAAAUGUACGUGGAAUUUUCAUGAAAAAUUAUCAUUUAGCUUCGUAUAAAACACGAAGAUUCUAAAAGUAAAAGUCAAAAGAGUCUGAAGGUCUGUGAUCAAUUCAGUCCAUUAAAAAAUUGGAAAUUAACAGGAACACAAAAAUUCCAUGAAGCUAAAAAGAAACCAAAACAAAAACAUUGCACCGUGAACAAAAUGACCAGAAAAAGUUUGGUGGAAUUUUAAAAAAUGAAAUAAAAAUUCUGAAUUUCUUUUGGACGUAAAGCGCCACAGACCCCAGACUCUUCAGUCAGCCUAUGAUCAAUAUUGUGGAACGUUAUCGCAGACAAAGUCAAUGUUUCUGAAUCGCGAUACAGAGUCAUGAAAAAGAGAACUACAACAAAAUCUGAAUGAAAACAAUUUCAUGUAAAUUGUUGUUUUUUUUUAAAUUCAUGCACCUUUACAAAAAUAUUCUAAAAAUGUGUAGAUUUGUCGUUUUAAAAAAACAACCCUAACCUUGAAAAUUUUGUGAAAUAUCUUUGACAAAAUUGUGACAGAAAUGUUUUCAUAUUUCUUUGAAUUUUUUGAAGUUUUUAAAUUUUUUUUAAAUUUCCUGACACAAUUUUGUCAAAAAAUUCCAAAAACAGAUAUGUUAAUAAACAUAUCAUGAAUUUUAACUCAAUAAAUAACAAAAUAUGAUUAUCGAGUAUCAAAAGUAUUUUUAGACUUAUCAAUUUGAAUCUUUUUUGCGACUCUGUACCACAAAUAAAUAUCACGAAUAAAUUCAUUAUCACACACCAUGUGA